AUGCAGCAGAACAGGAAGCGCAGAGACCGUGGUGCCCAGUUUAUCCGCAAUAACUUGGAGCUGCUGGGUUUUGGUAGCCGUCGAGAUGCGCUGGUGCAAGCUGUGAAGGAAUUAUUUGAGAAUGCGUUGGACGCAACACAGUCGCUAAGCUCGGACUAUUCAUGGAGCGAUGUGCCUCUAGAGCUAUUGCGGAUCGAUGUCAAGUUGAAUGACGAUACUGGUCACGUUGACAUCGUGUGUGCGGAUACUGGCUCUGGAAUGCAUGCGCACCAGGUCAAACUGCUGUGCUGCAACGCUUUUGAGACAACAAAGGUAAAUCGAGAGGGCGGAGGAAGAUGUACUAGUGGGAAAUAUGGUGUUGGGCUCAAGGCGGCAAUGCUAUACAGUCAGUUAGAAGCAAGUGACGCAUGUUUAAAGAUUGUUACGACAUCCAACUCCGACGGAAUUCUGUACGUGCAGCUUCGCAUCGAUCCGGACUCGGAAGAGACGGCUGUUGUGAAGAAAGUGGCUCAUUUCAUCGUGGAUGAAGACCAUCAACCAUUUUCCGGGACGGAGAUGCGGCUAUCUCUGCCUUGUCCACAAGAUAUAUUAGAGCUUGAAAGUGUUGCAGAUACACUAACACUGUACUUCCAGAGUCUGCGGUACAUCGCACCUCCGUUUGUUGGAGUGCAGUUCAACUUUAAUGUAGGAGAGAUCAGCACAUCUGUCAAUUGUCUACAUGGAGAAGAACCAAUCGACCGGUUUGUUGCAGAUCUGGGCAAAAGUGCAGAUGACAUUUUAUACGCGGUUCAUGAUGAAGAGUUUUUCUCCAUCAGCUGCGUUGCGCUAAUGCUUGGGGAAACGGAGCUGGGUAACGAGAGCGACAUUGAGGUCAGCUUACUUCGUUUCGCCAACCACGCUCCGCUGAUCAAUGGCGACGACUUUUUCUUAUGCGGCACCACAAAGGGCGUCUGUGCGGCAAAGCUGUGGAGAAAGUAUGGUUUCCGCUGCAAGAAAAACACCUCACAUCUUACGAACCAGCUCGUGGCUUCACCUUUGCGAGCAGCAACUAGACUGGAGGACGACGGUGCCGACACAUCUCGACUUGUCUUGGCUAUUGACAUAUGCGUCGCUAGCUCUGCAAGAGAUACAGGUAUCAAGUACGGUGGCUUAAAGAAGAACACACUCGACGCUUGCUACGCUGACGGUGUAGAGACUUGCUGUCGGGCCAUUCUACAGCAACUCGCCGAAACUGGACGUUUGUGCACGCCGCAGCAGCGGCAAGAUCACGAUCUUGUUGAGAACUGUGCGCCACUGAUUGCAAAAUCUCUUGCAGCAAUCAUUAAGCAGUCGCAAGUUUGUCAACGUGGUGUCGUGCCGUCGCAGCUAGAUCGCAAUCCACAAGACCACUUCAACGAGGGGCUUAUCCUGCAAGAACUUCAAGCUGCCAUUAGAAACUGGUAA